AUGGGCCAUCAAAAGAUUAAUUAUCUAGAGAAGGCAGGUGAAGCGAGACUUCUUCAAUUGAAUGAGCUAGAUGAGUUUCAGCUCGAUGCGUAUGAGAACCAUAGGCUCUACAAAGAGCAAACGAAGAAGUUUCAUGAUAAGAUGAUCCAAAAACGAGAGUUCAAGGUUGGCGACAAGGUGUUGCUUUAUAACUCAAGACUUCGGCUCUUCCCUGUAAAGCUUUGGUCUAGAUGGUCCGGACCUUUCACCAUUACUAAGGUUAAAGAUCAUGGAGCUAUUAAAGUUGCUAUUGAAAAUGGUUCCAAAUUUAUGGUGAACGGAUAA